UCAAAGUGAGAGGACGUCGCUCUGUUGCUCAUUCUCAUCAAUGGCGGGUCCUUUCAAGCUAUUUUAAUUAAUAUUUCUGUAUGUACUUAGGAUAUACGUUAAAGGUCUGAUUAUAUACAUUAGAACUGGUGUUUCUGAUUUCCAACUCUGCAGGCUGAGUGCGAAACCUCAUCGUCACUUGGUUUAAAUGAUGCGUCUGUUCGUGGUGGUGAUUUCGUGCUGUCUGGUCGUGACCGUCUUCACGUUGUCUGCCAACUCUCAAGACACAGAUGACGGGUUGUAUGAUCUUGACUCUUCUGCUAAUGAUAUCAAGGAGGUGAUCCUGACCUCUGCUUCUGCCAGCACCCAUCCUGAUGAUUCUCCCCACCAACAGCUACCACUACCUCAGGAUACAGAUCAUGCUGAGGAUGUCUCCAAACUGCCUGAUGCUGCCCCUGAUCAUACUGGGGGCCACCUAGCUGAACCAGAGAACUAUUUCUUUGAGAACCAAUCUACCGAGGAUGAGGAGGAAGUGUUGGAGAAUGUGCCUCCUGUCAUGCAGGAGAGACAGGAUUUUGCUCCCCCAUUCCACCAUCCACCUCCAACGUCAGCCAGACGACCUCACUUGGGACGUGUUCCUGGCUUUCCAUUGCGUCAGGGUUUCAGGGGACAAGCCCAGAGUCUCCAGCAGCAGGGCCAGCUGCAACUUCGUGGGGAACAGGAAAUUCGGAGGCAGCUGAGGGAACAGCUUCGAAUACAGCUGCAGCAGCAGGAACCUCGUCAGCAACACACACCACCCACACACCCAGAUAUUAGUCUUAUUCCUCUACAGUCACUUGAGGACGAUGGUUCUGUAGGUAAUACCAUCAUGAAGGAGAGGUUCCCUCCCUACUCAGAUGAGUUUCCUCCCUUCCCUCCUUCCACCCCUUCUCUCCUCCCAACACCCCUCCCUUCCCCAACUCCACAUGGCCGCCAGCUUUCCCAGACGGCACCAGGACCACAAAUUCCUCAAGUUCUGCCACCACCCCAGUUUUCUCAAGUUUUACCAGGACACCAGAUUCCUCAAACUCUACCAGGGCACCAGAAUAAUCAUGCCUUGCCAGGAACUCGGAUUCCUCAACCUCUCCCGGGACCCCAAUCUCUUCGUGCUCUGCCAACACCCCAGAUCCCUCCAUCUCUUCCAGGACGCCAAAAUUCUCAAACUCUACAAAGACCCCAAGUUUCACAAGCACGACCAGACCUGCAAGUUUCCCAAGCUUUUGAGAAAUCACAAGCUCUUCGGGUGAUCCCGGCUCCAGACAUGUCCCAGGAACCUAACUUGCCUCACGCUAGUCAGUCUGUACAAGUUUCCCAUAUUACACUUGUCCCAGAAUUAUUCCAGGUUACUUCAGCCUCACAAGUAUCACAGAGCCACCCAGUUCCACAAGUGUCCCAAAGUCAUCAAAUUCCACAGGUGUCCGUGACUCUCCCAAUUUCACAGGGGUCCCAAAGUCUUCAAAUUCCACCAGCCCCACAAUUUUCCCAGAUUCCACCAGCCCCACAAUUUUCCCAGAUUCCACCAGCCCCACAAUUUUCCCAGAUUCCACCAGCCCCAUCAGUGCCCCAUCAGGUGCCCCCAUUUGUUUUGGGCACGCCAGUCCCUGGGGUGAUCGAGGGUACCCAAGUGGUUAGAAGCCGCCCACCCCAGGGCAAUGUGGGCGUGAGGGCAGGCAGGAGACCCACCCACCAGGCCCUGCACCUAAUACCUCCUCCGCCACCACAGGCACGAUCCUCCCAAGGUGGUUCUCACAUUGUGAUCCCUCCACCACCACCCAGGCUAGGAUUGCGACAGGCAAGAGGACAUCCUAACAUGCCCCAGCUCGCCGUGCCCCUCGCAGUCAUUCCCACAUCUCGCCCCUCUCCCCAGUUUGGGUUGCGCUUCAACUUGUCUGGCCGUCCAGGAGGUCUGCUGCCCGUGGUUGGUUUGGGCAUAGACUCUAAUGUGAUAGCCCAGGGGCUCCCACCUGGCCAGUACCCUCCACCUGCCUUCCUUGGCCCCUACACCCAUUCAGACACCUACCAACAUGAACUGCCUGCAUACUCUGGGCCUCCAAUUUUCCAUGAUGGCCCACAUUAUCCAUCCCUCCAUCACAAGGGGCCACUGUAUGGAUCCCUACAUGGUGGUGUCCCAUCUUUCCAUCAUGGGAACCUACCAUAUCCAUCUGUUCAUCAAGAUGAAUUUUCAGAUCUCUCCGUUUACCACAGAGAACCAUCUUAUUCAUCAGCCCAGCUUGGUUAUUCGCAGCCACACAUCCACCCUGGAGGCCCUUCACAUACGCCCAUCUAUGACAGCCAUCUUAGCCACAGUGUUAACAGUGACCUCAGUCCCAGCACUUUCUCCAGCUAUGUGCCUAUGGAGUUACAACUUUCCUCAUUACAAGACAACCAUAGCUUUGAGGUAGACGACCCUGACUACCAGUUUUACCACUAUAAACCCAGUUCUUUUCCCUACCAUCACCACCCUCCACCAUCAGUUAGACCAUGUGGGAGGCAUACAGUAGUUUCUCCUUACCCUGUUGAGCGAGAAUUUCGUCCUGGCCCCCAGCCAUACAUGCCGUGCGGCCCUCAAAAGCCAUACUUUUUUCACCGUCGCCACCAGGUUGUUACUCUGCACCCACCUCUUCACAACUAUAGCAUCCAAAAGCAAAAUACUAAUGGUAACAGCCCUAAACAAAUUAACCAGACCAAAAAUAAAAAUAAUCUCACCUAUCCAGAAAAUACUGAGAAUCUCGCAAAGGACUCUUUCUAUUCCCUCGACCACUCUGAAGAAUCUUUCAAACCUCCACGUCACAAGAAAAAGCCAUUAAGAGAACAGAAACCAAAUGAGUCUCCUAUAAAUAAAACAUUAACCUUUAUCCGUAAACCUGAAGGGCUAGACAGAGAGUCUGAGCUGAAUCCAUAUGAUAGUGUGGACAGCUUCAGGGCAGCCAUCACACAGAAAGAAGAGGAACUAAGUGCUAUGGAUGCCAUUAGUCAUGAUAACCAAGAACUUCAUUUUGACAAAGUCGUGAUCGUUGGCAAAGAUGAUGUCUAUGAAGUGUGAAUAACAAAUCUGUCAAAUGUAAAAUGCCACAUUCAUUGUACAAAAUUAAUUUUGUUAACCUUUAAAAAAAUAUUUCUAUAAUAACAUGUUAUCAAUCUUUGAUAUUAUAAGGGUGGCAGCAUUUUGAAAAUUGGGUGGGGAUGUUAUACUUUGAUUGGACAGCAUUAGAAUGUGAUGCCUAUGCUCUUCUGGAAAGGCAGCAUAGGGUAUGAGUGAUGGUGACCAUGUUUUCUUUGGGUCAGAACCAAUAAAUGCAAAAUAAAUAUAUUGUAUAUAUAUAUAUAUAUGUAUAUAUAGAGAGGGAGUCACAGUAAAUGACUCAAUAAAUAAACAGAACAGAUAGGGACUCAAACCAUGGGCCUGACAGGUAGCAUGUCCAGUGCUGGACCUGCUGCGUCACCAAAUGUCUCCCAUCAAAGCAGGGUAACCCAAAGAAGAAAACAUUCACCAACACUCACUGUCUUGCCGAACUUGAGUCCUGGAGAUGGGAAGUACAGUGUCUGCACUCUGAAGGAAGGGUGUUAAUGUUGCAGUUUUAUAACUAAUGUAAAGCACCCCUCUGGCAAGACAGUGAUGGAGUGAAUGAUGAUGAAAGUUUUUCUUUUUUGGGCCACCCUGCCUUGGGAUGUGUUAAUAAUAAAAAAAAUCACAAUUAGAUUACCCUCUGGCUGCAACAUCGCCAUCCCUUCUUCAGAGUGCAGGCAAUGCCCUUGCCACCUGCAGGACUUGAGUCAAGCUGACUAGUUUCCUGAAUCCCUCUGUAAAAAUUACCCUGCUCACAUUCCAACCGUACACGUCUAUUAAAAAACACUUAUUUUAGUCAAAAAUACCAAAUAUUAGUAUUGUAGUUGGUGGGACAUUAGUUUGUAAGUACAGUAUACUGGGAGCAGGUCUCUCAAUAACUGAUUCAUUGUUUGGGUAUAAAAAAACAAUAUGCAGAACAAUCUUUUGCACAAGUUAGAGCUUUGUCAAAUCAUAACUUCAUAAAGCUCAACUGUGAAUGAAAUGUAAUUCCAAUUAAACUGUCUGCAUAUUAUGUUUAUACCCAUUUCUGUUGGCAUUAUGCCUCUACAUCCUGAUUUAUUGUUAACAAAGUUUGCUUUAAUAUUGAUUUGUUUAAUUUUACUGAAUUGUUUACAGUGCACAAAUGCAAGAAGAGUUUUCAGACGAACGUUGUUAAGUUUUACUGAUCCAAUCAUACAAGUGAAAACUCCAGAUGUACAGGUGGAAACUCCAGCCAUACAGGUGUAAACUCCAGCCAUAUAGGUGGAAACUCCAGCCAUACAGGUGUAAACUCCAGUCGUACAGAUGUAAACUCCAGUUGUACAGGUGU